AUGUGUGUCUGUGUGUCAUCUCUUUCUGUCUCUGUAUCUUCAUCUUUUAUCUAUCUAUCUAUCUAUCUAUCUAUCUAUCUAUCUAUCUAUCUAUCUAUCUAUCUAUCUAUCUAUCUUUUACAUCUAUCUAUCUAUCUAUCUAUCUAUCUAUCUAUCUAUCUAUCUAUCUAUCUCAGACUGUUCAUAUCUAUCUAUCUAUAUAUCUAUCUAUUUAUCUAUCUAUCUCAGAUUAUCCAUAUCUAUCUCUCGCUUUAUGUAUAUCAGACUGUUCAUAUCUAUCUAUCUAUCUAUCUAUCUAUCUAUCUAUCUAUCUAUCUAUCUAUCUAUCUAUCUCAGACUGUAUCAUCUAUCUAUCUAUCUAUCUAUCUAUCUAUCUAUCUAUCUAUCUAUCUAUCUCAGACUAUCCAUAUCUAUCUCUCGCUUUAUGUAUAUCAGACUGUUCAUAUCUAUCUAUCUAUCUAUCUAUCUAUCCAUCUAUCUAUCUCAGACUGUUCAUAUCAUCUAUCUAUCUAUCUAUCUAUCUAUCUAUCUAUCUCAGACUAUCCAUAUCUAUCCAUAUCGCUUUAUGUAUAUCAGACUGUUCAUAUCUAUCCAUCUAUCUAUCUAUCUAUCUAUCUAUCUAUCUAUCUAUCUCAGACUGUUCAUAUUCAUCUAUCUAUCUAUCUAUCUAUCUAUCUAUCUAUCUAUCUAUCUCAGAUUAUCCAUAUCUAUCUCUCGCUUUAUGUAUAUCAGACUGUUCAUAUUCAUCUAUCUAUCUAUCUAUCUAUCUAUCUAUCUAUCUAUCUAUCUAUCUAUCUCAGACUGUUCAUAUCAUCUAUCUAUCUAUCUAUCUAUCUAUCUAUCUAUCUAUCUAUCUAUCUCAGAUUAUCCAUAUCUAUCUCUCGCUUUAUGUAUAUCAGACUGUUCAUAUCUAUCUAUCUAUCUAUCUAUCUAUCUAUCUAUCUAUCUAUCUAUCUCAGACUGUUCAUAUCUAUCUAUCUAUCUAUCUAUCUAUCUUUAUCUAUCUAUCUCAGAUUAUCCAUAUCUAUCUCUCGCUUUAUGUAUAUCAGACUGUUCAUAUCUAUCUAUCUAUCUAUCUAUCUCAGAUCUAUCUAUCUAUCUCAUCUAUUCUAUAUAUCUAUCUAUCUAUCUAUCUAUCUAUCUAUCUAUCUAUCUCAGACUAUCCAUAUCUAUCUCUCGCUUUAUGUAUAUCAGACUGUUCAUAUCUAUCUAUCUAUCUAUCUAUCUAUCUAUCUAUCUAUCUAUCUCAGACUGUUCAUAUCUAUCUAUCUAUCUAUCUAUCUAUCUAUCUAUCUAUCUAUCUCAGACUAUCCAUAUCUAUCUCUCGCUUUAUGUAUAUCAGACUGUUCAUAUCUAUCUAUCUAUCUAUCUAUCUAUCUAUCUAUCUCAGACUGUUCAUAUCUAUCUAUCUAUCUAUCUAUCUAUCUAUCUAUCUAUCUAUCUAUCUCUCGCUUUAUGUAUAUCAGACUGUUCAUAUCUAUCUAUCUAUCUAUCUAUCUAUCUAUCUAUCUAUCUAUCUAUCUAUCUAUCUGCCUGGUGUCACAUAAGGCCUCAACAGAAUGCCUGCACUCUGCUCGAACAGUGUUUCGCCAGUCCAUUCUUUCCCACGGUCCAUCGCCAUAUCAUUCUUGGCCUUUCCCUUGUUUUUUUCUUUUGAGGGCUCAGUUUAGGAUUUUUUCCCUUUCUUUCUUUUUUUUGCUUUCUUUCUUUUUUCUUUCUUUCUUUCUUUUUUUCUUUUACCGUAUCAAUAUUUCUUCUUUCUUUCUUUCUUUUCUCGUAUCAAUAUUUCUUUUUUUUUCUACUUUUCCCGUAUCAAUAUUUAUUUCUAUCUUUCUUUCAUUGAUCCUUCUUUUUCUGUAUCAACAUUCUUCCUUUCCUUCUUUCUUUCUUUCUUUCUUUCUUUCUUUCUUUCUUUCUUUCUUUCUUUCUUUUUCCGUAUCAAUAUUUCUUGUUUCUUUCUACUUUUUUCGUAUCAAUAUUUCUUUCUAUCUUUCUUCUUUCAUUGAUCCUUCUUUUUCCGUAUCAAUAUUUUUCUUUUCUUUUCUUUCUUUCUUUCUUUCUUUCUUUCUUUCUUUCUUUCUAUCCCUAUCAACAUGUCUUUAUUCAUUCUUUCUUCUUUUUCCUUACUCUUUUUACUUUCUUUCUUUCUUUCUUUCUUUCUUUCUUUCUUUCUUUCUUUCUUUCUUUCUUUCUUUGCCCCUGAAUUCUUUGCUAUGA